AUGGCAGACACCCUCAGCCGACGAGUCCACUUGCUGAACCUCGUGAAGGUUCAGGUGACAGGAUUUGAGUCCCUAUUGGAUUUUUACACAGAUUGCCCAGACUUCGGCCACGUUCUACGAGCACUCUCGGAUGGUCCAUCCCGAGAUCAUAAAGACUUCCUUGUGGUCAAUAGAUGUCUAUUCUUAGGAGCAGACUAUGCGUUCCACGCACAUCCCUCCGUGACUUCCUCACUUGGGAAGGUCACGCAGGAGGUCUAUCUGGCCAUUUCGGUUGCGAUAAGACCAUCACAGUGGUCGAGUACUAGUUCUACUGACCGACCCUCAAGCGCAAUGUAGAGAACAUUGUCGCUCAGUGUCGAGUGUGCGCACUCGCCAAGCAGGUAAAGAAGAAUGUUGGACUCUACACGCCACUUCCAAUGCCGACCCACCCAUGGGACGACGUUAGCAUGGACUUUGUUUUGGGACUCCCGCACACUACACGACGACACGACUCGAUUAUAGUGGUUGUCGAUAGGUUUUCAAAGAUGGCACAGUUCGUGCCAUGUUCGAAAACCUUUGACGCCUCUAAGGUCGCUAGCCUCUACUUUAGAGAAAUUGUGCGCCUUCAUGAACUACCCAAGUCCAUAGUCUCAGACCGUGACAUACAGUUUACCAGCCACUUCUGAAGGACUCUUUGGAGCUUACUUGAGACUAAGCUCAAGUUCUCCAUUGCUUACCAUCCACAAACUGACGACCAAACCGAGGUCAUCAAUUGUAGCUUAGGGAAUCUACUUCGAUCAUUAGUCGGCAAGAGCUUGACUACUUGGGAUCUGAUCAUACCACGCGCUGAGUUUGCUUAUAACUCCUCAACCAACCGUACCACUGGUAUGAGCCCCUUCGAGAUCGCACACAGUUUAACACCCCACAAGCCCCUAGAUCUAGUACCCCUAGACCCUCAUGUUAGAGUUUCCGAGGAUGGUGUUGCAUUUGCCCAAUAUGUUAGUCAGUUGCAUCAGAACAUCCACGAUAGGAUACAGAGUUAGAAUGUAUUGUACAAGCAAGCUGCCGAUAUGCAUCGUCAACCCCGGAUCUUCUAA